UUCAAUGGAUCGAUCAAGCACCGAAAUGUAGGUAUCUCAAAAUCGCAUGCGAUGCGAUUAUCGUGACGUUUGUAUGACUAUGUGCGAAAUGCAUGUUGGGGGUAAGUGUGGUUUUUAGACAGGCACGGAGGAAGAAAUUAUUUCCAGGAUUGUGACAUGUGAUGAGAUUUGGAUUAUACAAUGGUACCCAGAAAGUAAACCAGAAUCACUACAAUGAAAAUUCAAAGACGAAAGCCUCCAAGUUCAAGGUUUGUCCAUCGGAUAGCAAAGUUAUGACGACAAAUUUUUAGGAUGCUGAAGGGAUUUUACUAAUAGAUUAUUUACCUAAGAAAACGACAAUGAAUGCUGAUUAUUACGCAAAUUAACUUUGCCAGCUGAGAGACGCCAUAAAAGAAAAAAGGAGGGGCAAAAUUAGCAGAGGAGUUCUGAUUUUACACGACAACGCACCUGUGUAUACGUCUCGCACUACACAAUUAGCCAUGGCCAGAAAUGGCUUCGACGCCAUCGACCAUCCCCUUUACAGCCCAGAUUUAGCCCCCUGUGACUAUUUCCUGUUCAGAUUUUUAAAGAAAGAUCUCACGGGGCGAAGAUUUUCUACUGAUAAAGAGAUGAUAGCCGCGGUGAACGAAUAUAUUGACGACAAACCGAAUGUUUUUUUUUUUACAGAUUUAAUGUCGCUAUUUGACAAAUGUAAUAACUGCAUUUCGGUAGAAGGAGAUUAUAUAGAAAAAUAAACUACCCAGCUACGUCUUUUCCAUAUUAAUCAGGUAGAUUACUUUCAGCUACCCCUCGUAGAGGUGGAUUAACAAAGAUUUUUUUUUAGCUACAGUAAAUUUACUGCCAUCUUUCAAUACAUGAUUAAAACAUUUAGAACACCAUUUGACUUUAAUCCUUAUUCUUUCAGUGAUAUGUGUUAAAUUUGUUAAAAAUCAAAAAGUGGCGCCACUUUUUGAUAUUUAACACAUAUCAGUGAAAGUUUAAGGAUCAAAGACAAAUGGAGUUCUAAAAGUUUUAAACAUGUGUCGAAAGAUGCUUUUGACACACCCCACCCCACCGAUGUUGUUAGGUUUGGUUUACGUUGGGUAACAAAUAACCCUGCCAAAUUACGUAGGUUUUGGGCAUGUUGUCAGGAAUGUUUAAAUGUGUUUUAAUUUUGCCAUUUCGUAUGUUCUGUCCCUCACGGAUACACGCGGUAUAGCACCAAUUACAUCAACCCUUCCCGAUUUUGAAAUCGUUUUCAUUUCACGGAAUAUCAGCACAUUGUUAACAAUAUUUGAAAUGUAAAAAUACUUUGUCUCUAAUUGCCAAAAAUGUUCGAUUUUUUAUAUUUUUGCAUAUGAACCAUUAUGUUUACAUUUCAAAUAUCGUAAACGAUGUGCUGAUAUUUGGUGAAACGGAAAAAUAUUCUUUCUCGGGCUCGAAAUCGGAUCUGAUAUCAAGACCCAAUUACAUCCACCCUUCCUGAUUUCGGGCCUGAUAAUGGUUUUCGUUUCACGGAAUAUCAUCACAUCGUUAAUAAUAUUUGAAAUGUAAAAAAUACUUUAUCUCUAAUUCCCAACAAUGUUCAAUGUCUAAUAUUUUUGCAUAUGAACUUUUUUUUUUAAUUUCAAAUAUUGUAAAUGAUGUGCUGAUAUUUAGUGAACCGGAGAAAUAUUCUUUUUCAGGCCCAUAAUCGAAUCACAUUUCAAAUAUUGUUAACAAAGUGCUGAUAAUCCGUGAAACGGAAAACUCUGGAUUAGGCCUGAAAAAGUGUGGAUGUUAUUGGCACUUUAUGGCGCAUCUAUAGGACCAAACCAUAUAUGAUUCUGUCAAAUCGGAGAGCGUUCGGAUUCUAUUCUAUAUCUGUGACUUAUUUUGCAAGUCAAAAUUAACGACCCUGAGUGAUAUCAUAUUAUUAUGUCUGAAUCUAGCUAUAAUAUUAAUCAGAUUUAACGAAUUAUAUUCAAAAAGUUACUUGAAAUAGGGUUGAAUGGAGCUAGCCUUUGUGCGAAAUUGUUUAUCCGGGGAAUACGAACGCUCAUUCGCUCGAUUUGCAUUGCUAUUAUAAUAGCAUCCUUCCAAGUGUUUCGUCUCGUUCCGAUGAACGCCGUAGGGAGAUUGGUAGAGACAAGUUAAAAUAAAUAUCCAUUAUCUUUAUCCAGCAGCAAUCCGCGUCCUGCUGUAUUGAGUUUUGAGUUAUGUAUCUUUUGGUUUUCGCACACACGACCUAUUAAUAGAUGUAGGUGGAGUGGACCCUAAAACUUUCUGCCGCUCGACUUGUAUAUUUUAAUUGACUGGAUCUAUUUGAAAGAUUAGCCCGUGUGCAAGGCCGUUAGGAUGGAUUUUAAAAUGCACGAAUAUACUCACGCCGUGGUAGGGCGAGUGACGCCGGCACUGCGCGCCACGGACCGGGCUGACUUGAAUGAUGCGCGGCGCCAACACGAAUGCUACCUGCGACUCCUCAGCGAGCUGAAUGUGGAAGUGAAAGAAGUCGACCUGCCAGAAUCCUUCCCGCAUAAUGUGUUCAUUGAAGAUGUGGCUGUAGUUUGCCAUGGAAUAGCUUUAAUGCCAAAAGGACUGACCACUGCUGAGCAAGUAAAAGCAAAGGCUGUAAGACAAGUCCUGGAGAAAGAACUAAAUCACACAAUCAUCGAGUUGACAGACCCUGAGGCUAGGAUUGUUGGCUCUGAUGUACUUUUCACAGGUCGUGAGUUCUUCGUGGGCAUCACAGAGGCUAGCAACGAGGCCGGCGCUCUCGCCGUCGCGGAGGCUUUCCCGGAGUUUCCCUGCACCCCGAUUAAGGUAACAAAGGGAGCGCAUCACCUGAAGAAGUACGUGACCGUAGCCGGCCCCGACAUACUCUGCGUCGGUAACAGCAAGGAAGCCAAAGAGCUUCUUAAGCGUAUGGAAAGAGAAGCCAAUUUUGCUUAUCAAACGCUGACGGUGCCUGAGGACGAUGCCGCUAAUUGCCUAUACGUGAAUGGUACGCUCAUUCACAGAGCAAUUGAAGAAAUCCCCGAGUCUUUCAAGGUAUUUUGCGAAAAAAUUGACUUCGCUCGAAGAUCCAUCUGUUUCUCCGAAUUGGCCAAAAUCUCCAACGGACUCAGCUCCUGCAGCUUGCUCGUGAGGAAGAUAUAAUUGGCGGCAGCACUCUUGCAAGUAAUUUAAAACCAUUUUACCUGAGCAGAGCCGGAGUACAUUGUGCAUACCUUAAAAUUACUAUCCAAUUUAUCCAUGAUAACCAAGUCCCUGUCCUUAAAGUUACAAAUUUAUUAGGUUUACGUGUACAAUUUUGAUUUAUAGAUUGAAAGGAAGGUAUUUCUUUAUCAGCUGGAAGGCGGAGUACGUCUUACGGUGUACGCUACGCAAGCUACCCAGUAAAAACUAAAAUUUGGUCUUGGCACGCAGCCACUAUACCCAUUUCUAGUUUUGGCAUUACAGUAUAAUUAGUUAUAUCAUAGUUCAAACAGUAAAACUGUGAACGUAUCACUAUCGGAGAUAUCUUAUUGUAAUAUGGAUAAAUGUAUAAUAAAGCAUAUAAUUUAUGGUCCCAAUGUAAUGUUUUGUAAACGCUUUUACUUACCCUUUGAAAGUGUAUUGCAAUGUAAUUUUAACCUAGGAAAAAUAAGGCAAAAAAUAUAAAUACUAAACGAUACAUUCGGACUAAAAAAUUAGCGAGAAGGUACACCCUGUUUCAAUAUAUUUUAUAUACAUGUACGCCGUGCUCUGCGUCCAAUAAUAAGUGUUCAAUAUUUAAAUAAUAUCUUUAUAUAUUUUAUUGUCUGUAUCUGGCUUUUUUAGUAGGCACGAGUUUCCAUACAGAUUUAAGAUUCUCCUGCAUUACUCUUUGCGUCACUCUGGCUAAAGAUGCCAUGAUUGAAUAAGAUGUGUAACGAACUCACUAACCCCCUUAUUCAUAAACGUGUACUAAAGUUACGAUGCCGCUAAUAAUCGUUUGUCCAUUUCCAUCAUACCAAUACGUCGGAAAGGGACAAACGAUUAUUAGCGGCAUCGUAACUUUAGUACACAUUUAUGAAUAAGGGGGUAAGAGUUUUGAUCACCACUAUAACGCCGACAAGAUUACUAGUCGGCGCUAUUUACUCGUUUUACUCCUCAAUUCCGUAGGUUGUCUAACGGCCCUCGCCGAACCCUAAAAAAAUAGUUAUAUUUUUACGUACCUCUCUUUCUUAUUCGCAUAUGAUUAUACCGUCUCACACGUACAGCAAUCAAUUGCGCGUGAGUGACAAAGACAGGACAACUCCUUAGAGAGACAAAUUAAGUUUAUUUAUGUGUCGUAUUAAAUAAUUAUAUGCUCUCAUAUACUUUUAAGGUUAAAGUCUCAGUGCACAAAUGCAUUAUCUUCCUACUGACUAUACCUCGUGAAAAUUAAGUCAUAAUUUAUGUAUAAUGUUAGUUAUACUAUUUCUCUUAUUUUAUUGAAAUCCAUUCCCUUAGCUUGAAGACUGAUAUCGCUAUUUCACUUAUAAAAUGCCUUCAACACACUUAUAUAAGUUAUAUACUAUAGGGGCGACGAACGCGCGGAACGCGUUGUACAGUCAAUGUAUUAAAUAACAACACGGACAAAGUGCCAAAAAUAUGUAUACACUACUUUACUGCCUAUACACAUAUACAUUAAAGUAGUGUGUACAUCUUUUUGGCACUUUGUCCGUGUCGAUAUUUAAUACCUUGGCUGUACAACGCAACGUCAUUAACUUAUGGCGACUUGUAGGACACGUACGUACAGGCGAUCUGGUGAGAAUCCGACUGUAGAUAGAUCUAAACUCAGGUCAGUUCAUAUUGGUAAGACACUAAGAAGUUAUAAAUUAUUAUCUUAUUUUCUUUGAUACGCUUAAAUGUUUCGCUGGGGCCGAAUAAUUGUACGCUCAUCAUUAAAAAUAAAUUACACACUUCAACUAAACUUAUCAGUGUUAAACUGAGCUGACUUUUACUGAGAAGACACCGCGCUAGCUAAUUUACUGUCUGAGGAAAUUGAUAUUAAAGACAUGCGAGUGUUACAUUGCCGAAUCAUUCGGUACAACCAAUUCAACCGAUCAAUCAGAUACUACAAUAUAAUGCUCGCCUGUGCGUUCGGUACCUACUGAAUACGCUGAACUAUGAAUAGUAAAAUAUACAUGAAAAUUACUAAGAGUACGAAAAAAUGCCCUUCAUUGCCUCUAUUCUAUUGGUUAAUGUUAAAGUUGUGUAUAACAUUCCUUUAUCCAAUUUCCAAUAUAUAUAUAGCAUUCCUAAUUAAAUUUUACAUUAAGACUUACCGAAUCUCAAGAGAAUUUAAUAUUCAUAUUAUAUUAAAAAAGAAAAAUAAUAAUCGUGUACCAAAACCUAGUUGAUAUAGGUAGUCUGAACGUUAAUUUACAUUCCUCUCUUGUCCCGUGCAGUUAAGACGAGCGUAUUUGUGUGAGUUUCAUUCAAUGUCUAUUUUCAAUCUAAUUAGCACCGUGUAAAUAGCCAUUUAGCAUUGUCCAAGGACCUUUUAUUCAAGCUGAAAGUCCUGUUCACGUCAAUUGUUGUUGCGCGAAAUAUGACCAGCGAAAUACCGUCUUUUUUGCAGGAUUGCGCUUAAGCGUAACGUUAUAAUUAUUGAGUUGAAAACAGAUCACAAACAGAUAUGAAAUUAAUGUGAUAUCAGCUGUUCUGUAAAGAAAUAUUAUCAACGGAAUAUUUAGCUUGAAUAACAGGACCUUGACAUUAUCAAUAGUUCCAAGUGUUUGGUGGAUAGAAAAUUUUAUUGAAAAACCACAAACUUUCCUGGGAAUAUUAAGCAUAAGUAUAACAAUCACACUGAACACCUAACUCCCCUCUUCUUGAAUCGCUGUUAGGAAGCAAAUUACUAAUAUUAUGAUUUUAUUAAUUUCAUUUUUCUUUAGAUGAAUCUGAUUAAUAGGUACUUAUUACGGUCCUAUUUAAUAAAUAUCAGCAACUCACAAGGGUAUAAUUAACCCAAAUAUUCGUUAUUCGUCUCUUUUUUCAAUCAAUUUUUAUAAACAAAAUAGCAAAAGUAAUUGAGUUGCCGGGUUGAUUUCGUAAAAAAACGAUGUCUGUGAAAUCCACACGGUAACGUUUACGUAUUAUAAAAAAACAAUUUAUUUAGUCUUAUAAUAUCAUUGUAAAAGUAAUAUAUGUUUUUAAUAUUAUUAUUGUUAAUUAUGUUUAAAUUGCCUAGGCUAUAUCACUAAGUAUGAUGACCAGGGACCGAUUUUUAAAUUUGAGCGUUCGAUUUCGACACUCGAAAAAUUGUGGAAAUCGGCGAAAUGCUAUUUUUGAAAUACUAGCGAUAGAAUUGAGAAUCUAGUGGUAUUGACCACUCGUUUUCAAUUUUAUUAGUAGAAUUUAAAUGCCUAGUAGUGGAGAUAUAUUGAAGGGAGCCACAAUAGCCACAUGAAAUCGAGUGGUCGAAAUUCGAAUAUCGGCCCCCUGGUGUAAGUUAUGUAUUAAUACUUAAUUAUCUUCACUGCAAAGCACAAAUAACGGAACUUAGUUCGGUUAAACUUAUGAGUUAUGGAUAUGUUUAUAAUUUUUAUUAUAUAAGUGGGUAAGUCACUGUUAUGCAGUAUUAUAUGUAAUAAUACCGAGUUUUCUAAUGACCUUAUAAUGUAAGCAAAAGCAAAACUGUAUACAACAUAUCUAAGUUGCAUACGAUAAUAAGUGCAGUGCUUAGUAAUUGAAGAAAUGAUAGAAGGUACAGUCAACCAAUUUGAUUCCUAGGCCACUAUAGAACCAUGCUAUAAUGACUUCUACGACAGUGCUUAUUGAGUGAUGUGUGUCAAGUAUCUAGUAGUUAAAGCGACAAGGUUCUAGAGUGGCCUAGGAUUCUAAUUGGUUGACUGUACGUCGCUACCAUUAGAGCUGAUUAUAGACGCAGACCUCGUAAGUUUUCCGGGUGAGUUAAGAGGUUUGAAAGUUUAGGUAUCGUAGGCUAAGGCUGCAAAUCCCUAAUGACUUGAAAUGGAGUUGAGAGAUUUGCGACUUUACCCGACGAUAUAUGACAAGUGACGAUGACACGAUCUAUGUGUCAGAUUUUGUUAUUCGACUUAUCACCUCAUGGCACAGAGGUUCACCACAUUCUGUCACUUUUUCAUGUCAAGCAGGAGCUUAGUCAAGGACCUUUUAUUUGAGCUAGAUAGUUCGUUUUUCCUUCUGAGGUACGGAACCCUAAAAUUGAUAAAACAGUUAACAUAUAAUACAUUGUGAAAAAAUAUUUUCUAUAGUGUAGAUUACGUUUGUAUGGAGAAGCCAUCGUCCGCUACCCUCUUAAGAAUAGCUGAAACGUUGUAUUUCCCUGAACGCGGCAGUCGAGUUACUUUUAAGAAAACCACUUCUGUGAAAGAUGCAAAACGAUUGUGUCAUAUUAUGGCACCUCAACGGAAUGGCCCAGACUACACAUGACAUACCGUUUGAUUAAGGUCCUUGCUUGAACCUGCCUUCGUUGUGAUAUGCCACGGUAAUAUGUUUGUAUGCAUGAAGUACUACUUAAUAAUGUAUUGCAUGUUCUGUUUCUGUAUCGUCAUUGAGAUUAAUACAAAGUAUUAAUGUCGCUAUUUAUUUACUAUUAUUAUAUUUAAAUCUUUGCAGCUGUUCUUGAUUAUAAUCGAAUGAAUUCAGUGUGUAUCAAUGUUAUAGUGCUACAUAGAAUUGUAUAAAUUUUUGGAGGGCGCCACUAAGCUUCAACAGGCAACACCUGAUGCAAACAUCCAUAUUAUAACGGAUAUUUUCAUCUAACGUCACAACUUUACAAUAUAUAAUAUUAGACAUACUACGCAUUUCAUUAAUAAUUGUAAAUUGAUGCCUUGAAUUAUCAAUAUCAAUACUUAUCCGUCAUAUCUAUAAAUCAUUCAUAAAAACGUCUUUAAAUCAAAUAACAAUUCCGCCAUGAUGAAAUGUUUACCAACAGCCUUUAAACCACGUUUUUAAUGUUAUCUCCCGAGUUUAACUACGAUCUUUUUUAUUAAUUUAGAUCUUUAUUAUUUGUUUUCUUCGCAAAAUAACUGGUUUAACACAGAUAUAUUUUAAUAUAAAAAUCUUAUUUACAAAAAUUUUAUAUUAAUGCGAGUCUUGAUGUAACACGAUUGUAACUAGUCAACUGGUGUUGCCACUAUGUAUCGCCUUUAGUUGCAUUUUAUUUAAUAUCUACAAUUUUAUGUACCACUAUAAAUCACUUCGAGUGUAAAAUUGUAAAUGUUAUAAUCAUAAGUUACUGAGUAGUGAUCCCACGCAACAGUAUCGACUCUCCUUACAGAUCCGUUUUAAUUUUUUUUUUUGCCUUAUAAAAUUAACAAUGUAUGCAUAACAUAGUACGGUCGAUACAUUUUCGAACCGAUCCAGUAGAAGUAGUUGAGUACAUGUGAAAUUACUUGUACUUUAGUUUAGUUAUUUCCAUAAACCUUGUGUUUGGGUAAGCUACCCAAUGACUCUAAAGUAUAGAAAAUUGCUCCGUUUUUAGGAAAAUGACCUAAUCAGGCUAAUCAUUGGACGGGGCCGAUGUAAGUAUUGUUUACCCGGUACCUAAACAAAAUUCCUCAUAAAAAACGUAAUAAUUCAUAUUAAAAGAUGUUAAUGAUAAAUCGAUUUUCAUGUUAUGUUAAUGGUUAUAAUAUUUACAAUAUGCGUUAUUUUUAAAUGACAACUCGGUGAAUUCUGCGAAUGAUCAAAUACAAGUGUUUUAAUAGUCGGUUUUUCAACGUAUUUUUGUAAUCUCUUUUACGAUACUAUAGACAAAAUUGUAAUGUCACACUAAAUUGAAGUAUUUCUGUACCUAUCACAAUAAAAAAUUGGAAGUUUAUCAGAAAGUAACUUUGUUUUACCCUCAUAUUGAGAUAUGUGUUUACAAGAAAGACCUGGCUACCUGAAAGUACAUCCAAAGUCCAGAACAGAAUGAUAGUACAAAAAUUAUACGAGUAUAAGCAAAUCCUUAAUAGCUGCCCUAUAUUGACUGAUGGCACUGGUAAAACCAGUGGGUGAUAGGGUCGUCACAUUCCUCGCCCAUUAUUAUUAUUAUGUAAAAUAUUUAUAUACCUACUGAUAUAUACAUGAUGAUAUAUCGUAUGAUUUCAUGUUCAUUUUCUUUAGAAUUAAUUUGGCACAAUAGUAGUUUUUGUAUGUUCGACCGAUUUUUAUCUCUGGGACAAAGUAACGGGAAAGGAUAGAGGUACAUUAGGUAUUUUCCAGUUCUAUUGAACUCCACUUUAUUAAUUCCAUCUCAUUGUAUUUGGAGUAUUUAUCAUGAUAAAUUAAAAUUGCAUUUGUAUUGGUAGCAUUUGGCCAUUUCAUUAGCGACCAUUGCGAUGAGAAAUACAUUAGUGAGUGUAUUAUCUGAAUAGGGGGUAUUAGUGCAAUGUUCUGGCGCCAGAGUGCUGCACUAGUACUUAAAGUAAACCAUAGAGCAACUUAUACAUACUGUGCCAAACAGUUUUUGACAAGUUUCCACAGAUAAUUUGUCACGAAUAACUAUAUCAUUGAUGUAUUAAGGUGGUUUGUUUACAGAGGGCCUGCCGCGGAACCCGCAAAUCGAAAUUACGCUAUCUGCCACUCUAUCGCUCAAAUAUGCAAGAGUGAGAGAGGCAGAUAAUGAAUUUUCGGGUUUCGUGGUAGGUCCUCUGUGCUAGUGGCGCCCCCUACGCAAUUUUGCGUAAUAUUCUCUAUUAUUCGAGCGCGCUCGUCUCCUGCGCCCAGUAAACAUUGAAACACAGUUUAGGGAGCGAGCGAGCCAACAUGACGAGUUUUUUUCAGUUGUUACCACUGAGCUGGUAUUUUUAUUCCCAUCUUUAGGGAAAAACAGAAAAAUAGGUAUACUCGUAUAAUUUUGAGAGCAAAGAAAGCCCUAUUCCUGGCGUCUGGCAGCUGUUUAUCGUCGGAGACGGCGUGUUCGAUUGUAGGCACUUGUUUUUCCAUUAUAUUCUAGCGCUUUAUCUUAUGGAUGCAAUAUGCAUAUUACAUUAAAUUUGUUGAUCUUAGAAGAUUUUUGAAUCUACAAGUAAAAAGUCGUUAUUAAUUUUAUUGUACUGAGUGUUAUUGUAUAGCUCCUGUUGUAUUGUAACUGCUCUCACUAAAUAUUUUUAAAUGUAUGGUUGAAUAAAAUUGUAGUUAAUUUGUACCUAUAUAAUUAAAAUAAAGAUACAUAAAUUAUA